CCGGCGGCCCGUUGGCUGGUUUAAAAGGGCUCUCCGCCAGGCGCGACAGCAAAGAACCUGGCAAAGAUCCAUGGCUACUACUUCUACCACCCCGUCCCUAUCCUCAGCGACAUCACCGCCGCCGUCAAUGCGGUCAAUCUCGACAUCAUCCACAGGCUCUACCACAAAACCCGCCGGCAUCUCCUACCACCGCCAUUUCGCCCUCCCUCCUCCGCUGCCCUCAGUCCGCCACACCCAUCCCGACCCGUUCCCCGCCCUAACGGUGAAGCAGCUGGCCGUCCUCGACCCGACCGGCGCCCGCACCCGCCUCUUCGACCGCACCCAGCCCGACGCCGCCAAGGUCGGCGACGUCCUCCUCGUGACCACCCGCAAGGGCGAGCCCUUCGCCGGCGUCUGCCUCUCCAUCCGCCACCGCGGCGUCGACACCGCCGUGCUCCUCCGCGGCCAGCUCAUGCGCGUCGGCGUCGAGAUGUGGCACAAGAUCUACUCCCCCAACGUCGUCGCCAUCGACAUCGUCUGGCGCCGUCCCAAGCGCGCCAGGAGGGCCCGUCUCACCUACAUGCGCCAUCCCAAGCAUGACAUGGGCAGCGUCACCCACCUCGUCUCCGCCUGGAAGAAGGAGCGGCAUAGCAUGAGGAACAAGGGUAGGGGGUUCAAGGGCAAGACUGUCGGGGCGAGGUUUUAGGCCCGGCGAGCGUCCACCCCUUGGCGGGCGGAAAGGUUUGUCGCCAUGACGGACAGAAGACUGGAAGAAGGAGAU